GGGAGGAGCGACGGGCUCAGGCACUUCCGGGGCCGCCGCGUGGAGCUGUGCGGCGGACGCGGUCGGCAUGGCGGUGUUCUCGGGCCCCGCGCAGCCGCUCCUGUCCCUGAACCCGCAGGAGGACGCCAAGUUCCACCAGGAGGUGGCCCAGGCCCGCCGGCGCGCGACCAAGAAACAGAAGCAAGAAAAAGAAAAACUCACUCCCGGAGUCGUUUAUGUGGGCCACCUGCCUCCAGCACUUUACGAAACCCAGAUCCGCGCCUAUUUCUCCCAGUUCGGCACUGUGACAAGAUUCAGGCUGUCCCGAAGUAAAAGGACUGGAAAUAGCAGAGGCUAUGCCUUCGUGGAAUUUGAAUCCGAAGAUGUUGCCAAGAUAGUUGCUGAGACAAUGAACAACUACCUUUUUGGUGAAAGACUCUUGAAGUGUCAUUUUAUGCCGCCUGAGAAAGUACACGAGGAACUUUUUAAAGAGUGGCAUCUACCGUUUAAGAACCCGUCAUACCCAGCAGUGAAACGGUACAAUCAGAACCGGACACUCCUUGGAAAGCUGCGGAUGGAGGAGCGAUUUAAAAAGAAAGAAAAAUUACUCAGAAAGAGGCUAGCUAAGAAGGGAAUUAAUUAUGAUUUUCCUUCAUUGAUUUUACGUAAAAAGGAGAGAAGCAAAGCUUCAAACACUGACCUUCAGAAAUCCACAAAUAUGCAGGCUUUACCUAAGAAGAAAAAGAAGAAGGCUUCAGCCACCCCUAAAACUCCUGAGAAUACUGUGGAUAGCCAGGGUCCCACACCAGUUUGUACACCAACAUUUUUGGAUAAACGAAAAUCUGAAGUGGCUGAAAUGAAUGAUGAUGAAGAUAAUGAAAUAGUUUUCAAACAGCCCUUAUCUGGCAUAAAAGAACAAAUACAAGAGACUGCAACACCUACAACAUCAAGGAGAAAAAGACGAAGAAAAAGCAAUCAGUGAUUCGAAUGUAUUAUGAAUAAUACUUCUGGGAAAUGUGAUUUUAUUAUGAGGACUGUAUAUUGGAAGAAACAUUGUUGGUUUGCAUCAGUAGGAGGAAUUGGUAACUUUUGCUUGCCUGCCCCAGCUGAAACACAGCCACCCUGGUCUCCCAGUUUUCUUCCCAGACCAUACCUGCCUUCAGUGCCUGUCUGCAUAAAAGCGUCACCUUUAACUGCAGGUUUAAAUACUAAGCUGCAGUGUUUGUUAAAUAAAGAAAAUGAAACGUUG